AUGCAGAUGCCUCCAAAAAAAAGAAAGCAAUGGAAUGCAAAAGCGAUGAAGAGGGCAGUAGAAGCAGUUAAGAACAAGGAAAUGGGAACUCUCAAGGCGUCUAAAGCAUUUGGCGUACCCAAAAGCACACUGAUUGAUUAUGUAAUAAGUAAGAAACCGGUUGAUACAUUACUUGCUAUCAAAUUAGGCAGAAAACCUACUUUAACAGAUGAACUUGAAGAAGCACUAGUUGAGUAUGCUCUCGAAAUGGAAAGAAGCUCGACCGAUGGCGGGUUAAGCAUCCUUUUUCUUGCCGAAGUGCCGCUGCUGGAAAAAAAUGGUUGA